CAGAUUUUUAAUCUGGGUUGACUUUAAUUUAUGACUCAAAAUUCGCUUGUAAUUGAAAGGAAUCAUAACCAAAAGAAAAGCGUUGUGUGACUUAUAAUUACUGACGAUUUAGUUGUCAAAUCUGAGGUGAAAAUGCCGGAUCAUUUAGGAGACGAUAUGCGCAAAGUGAAAGGAGAAGAGGAAAAGGAAGAGAAGGAAAUAAAAUCUCUGGAUGAAGGAGACAUUGCACUGUUGAAAACCUAUGGUCAGGGACAGUACACAAAGAGUAUCAAGGCUGUGGAAGAGGAUAUACAGACAAUAAUAAAACGUGUGAAUGAACUUACUGGCAUCAAAGAAUCAGACACUGGUCUUGCACCUCCAGCACUUUGGGAUCUUGCAGCCGAUAAACAAACAUUGCAAAAUGAACAGCCUCUACAAGUAGCACGUUGUACUAAGAUCAUCAACGCUGACUCCGAUGAUCCCAAGUACAUCAUCAAUGUCAAACAAUUUGCAAAGUUUGUGGUUGACCUGGCAGAUUCAGUUGCACCAACUGACAUUGAAGAGGGCAUGCGCGUUGGUGUUGAUCGGAAUAAAUAUCAGAUUCACAUUCCUUUGCCACCUAAGAUUGAUCCUACCGUGACAAUGAUGCAGGUUGAGGAAAAACCUGAUGUGACUUACAGUGACGUUGGAGGUUGCAAGGAACAAAUUGAAAAAUUGCGAGAAGUUGUGGAGACUCCUUUGUUGCACCCGGAGAAAUUCGUAAAAUUGGGGAUCGAGCCACCAAAGGGUGUUUUAUUAUUUGGCCCACCAGGAACUGGAAAGACCUUGUGUGCACGAGCCGUAGCCAAUAGAACAGACGCCUGUUUCAUCCGUGUUAUCGGUUCGGAAUUGGUUCAAAAAUACGUAGGCGAGGGAGCGCGUAUGGUAAGAGAAUUAUUCGAAAUGGCGCGCAGUAAGAAAGCCUGUUUAAUCUUCUUUGACGAAAUUGAUGCUAUUGGUGGUGCCCGUUUCGACGAUGGCGCCGGUGGGGACAAUGAGGUUCAAAGAACUAUGUUAGAACUAAUUAACCAACUAGACGGAUUUGAUCCCAGAGGUAAUAUCAAGGUUCUUAUGGCGACAAAUAGGCCGGACACUUUGGAUCCGGCAUUGAUGCGACCUGGUAGAUUAGAUCGAAAAGUCGAAUUUGGUUUACCCGAUCUAGAAGGGCGUACGCACAUUUUCAAAAUUCACGCUAGAUCAAUGAGCGUCGAGAGAGACAUCCGAUUUGAGUUGCUGGCCCGACUUUGCCCGAACAGCACAGGCGCAGAAAUCCGUUCAGUUUGCACUGAGGCUGGGAUGUUUGCCAUUCGUGCUCGACGCAAAGUGGCUACUGAGAAAGAUUUCCUUGAAGCCGUUAAUAAGGUCAUCAAGUCUUACGCUAAGUUCUCCGCUACACCUAAGUAUAUGACUUACAAUUAAAUAUUUAGCAUGACUCGAGUUGUUUUCGAAACAUAGAUUUCGCGUCUGUCUUCUUUGAUAAAAAUAAAGAAAAAAAGUAUUAAAAUCUUAAA